CGAGAAAAGAUGUAAACAAAAAAAAAAAAAAAUAAUUGUGUUUAGGAUACUGCAAUUUCAAUGUGAACAACAUUUGAACAGUUUUAUAGUUUCUACAAUGGAUGAAGCAACCGUACGAAAUCAAAAGCGCACUGAACUCAACCUGGAGCGCCAAUUGCAUCGGAAGGCGGAAAUCGACAUCAACCGAACCGGUCUCGGUGAAAUGCUGCAAGAGGCACAAGAGAUCGAAAACAUAACUAGCCAAGAGAUCAAGGGUCUCGCGUCGAGAAUCAAACGACGAAAGCAUGCUGAUGCGAAGGAUCUUUUGAAGCUUAGCUACGGGUUUCAACAAAGUGCUGAAAAUAUUUCCGUAUUCCUACGGAUAACCGGCUCGAUCAAUGUAAUCGUGAAGGCACUAACCGGCCAGUCAUCCGAAUUGCAAGAGCUGGCUGGAGAAUGUUUGUGUAAUCUUACACUUGGGGAUGAAGUGUGCUGUGAAAAGGUGGCCACUUUUGCCGGAACGUACUUAAUAACAUUUCUGGAGAAUUUGAAUAAUCAACAAAUAAAUAGUACGUGUAUUUGGACCUUGCAGAACAUAAUUUCUUCAGGAGUAAAAUCCAUGAAAGUUUUGUCCUCACAAGGGAUUGUAGCCCGAUUCAUUCACCUUUUGAGUGAAACCGGAAAUGACUUGCUUUAUACUGAGAUCUUAUUAGCCAUCGAUCUGAUAUUAGAGUACAAAUUUGAUUUCAUCAGCAAAGAUUUAGUUUUGGUCCAAUUGCUACCGAUUAUAUCUUCAAAGAAACCACAGCUUAACAGUUUGAAGGUGCUUUACAAAUGCUUAUUUCUCAUUCGUUUCGAAACUCUGCACCAAAAUACAUUGAUUCAAGUUACAAAUCACUGCAUCGAAAGUUUUGCGGCAACACUCAGGCAAAUGUCUCAUACUACUCGCUGUGCAGAAACGGUGUUGGCAGUAAGAAUAUUGGCAAAUUUGGUAGCAACGAACGAAGCACCAUACAGCAAUAUGUUGUUGAGCGAGUCUCAGCAAAGAAACGUUGAAUUGGCAAAUCUUUUCAAUGCGAACUCGGAGGCAGGUCACAUACAAAUUUGCAGAGAGUUUCUGUGGCUAUUUGGAAACCUGCACAUUGCAGCGAAUCAACUGCAACUUGAACAUAUAGAGUUGGCCAACUUACUCCAAAAUUUGAAUGUUCCAGAAGUAUUAGUGUGUUGUUGAUAAUUCCAGGAGCAUAUUUAAAAUUAUCAACAGUUAAAAUAGUUUACUAACUUUGUUUAAUAGCUACGUUUAAAUAUUGGAUUUUCUAGUGUACCACACAUUAUAAUUCGAAAGUCGUUAAUUGUACAGAAUGAAUAUAAUUUAUAAAGAAUAAAACUGAGAAUAACAU